GCCCGGUGCCGGCGGAGGCGGAGCGGAUCGGAGCGGCGGGGCGGGCCGGUUCGCAUCCUCCAUCCCCGCCCCGCCGGGAGCCGCCGCCGGCUGGGCAGCGCUCCCGGGAUCCGUGCAGCUCUCCGGGCAUCGCCAGCCCGGGACUGUGCAGCGCUCCCGGGAUCCGUGCAUCGCUCCCGGGCUCCGUGCAGCGCUCCCGGCACCGCCAGCCCCGCAGCCGCCGGCCGGUCCCGCCGAUGGCACCGCGCUGCCGCCGCCAAGGAGAAAGGUGCUGACUGAAGGUGCCCUGAAGCUCUGGCUUCUCCCAGAACGAUGCCAGCACUCCGAGAGCCCCCGUGCCCCUGGCUGUGCCAGCGUGACCUGUGACCUGUGGCCCUGAGGCUGCUGUGUGGCCCUGAGGCUGCUGUGUGGCCCUGAGGCUGCUGUGUGGCACUGAGCCUGGUGGCCCCAGCACGUCCCUGCUGCCCAAAGAUGAGUGAUGGCACGUGGAUCUCGCUCAGCCCCGCUGAGUUCGCCCAGCUGCAGCAGUACACAGACUACUCCAGCAAGAAGCUGAAGGAUGUUCUGGAGGAGUUCCACGGGGACGGUGUCCUCUCGAGGUACAACCCUGAGCAGCCCAUCGACUACGAGGGGUUUUGCCUCUUCAUGAAGACCUACCUGGAGGCAGAUGUGCCCGAGGAGCUUUGCCAGCACCUCUUCACUUCCUUCAAGCGAAAGAUCUGCCAGUCCUCCCCUGAGAGCCAGCAGAGCCCUGGUGUGUCUCAGCACAGCAGCCUUGGGAUCAAUGGGAAAACCCUUCGAGGUGCUCUGGGAAGACACACUCCCGAGCCCAAGAGCUGCCAGAGCAGCACAGCUGAGCCACAGCCAGCAUCCCUCACGCUGGCAUCCAUCCCCAGUGCCUCCCCCAGCUGGUCCAGAUCGUCCUCCCAGAAAUCCACCACUGGCACCACUUCUGCUCUCAACUCCUCAGGCUCUUCCAAGAUCUCCUCUGUGUCUGUGCUCAGCCCUCAGUCACCAGGCACGAGGAGCACGGAGAAGAGGUUGCCCUUCAGCCUGAGGAAAGGCCCCAGCUCCCUGAAAGCCGCCCCCCCUCCUCCUCCCACCCCCGUGGCCCAGGUGGUCCACCUGAAGGACAUUGUCUGCUACCUGUCCCUGCUGGAGAGGGGACGAGCAGAGGACAAGCUGGAGUUUAUGUUUCGCCUGUACGAUACCGAUGGGAAUGGUGUCCUGGACAGCUCGGAGCUGGAUCGUAUCAUCAACCAGAUGGUGCACGUGGCUGAGUACCUGGAGUGGGACUCCACGGAGCUGAAGCCUAUCUUGAAGGACAUGAUGGAAGAGAUCGAUUACAACCACGACGGGACUGUGACGCUGGAGGAGUGGAUCCGGGGGGGCAUGACCACCAUCCCCUUGCUGGUGCUGCUGGGGAUGGAGACAAACGUGAAGGAUGAUGGGCAGCACGCCUGGAGGCUGAAGCACUUCAAGAAACCUGCCUACUGCAACUUCUGCCGCACCAUGCUGCUGGGGGUCCGCAAGCAGGGCCUCUGCUGCUCCUUCUGCAAGUACACGGUCCACGAGAGGUGUGUGUCCAAAGACAUUGCAUCCUGCAUCAGCACCUAUGUUAAAUCCAAGAGGAACACAAGCGUGAUGCAGCACACCUGGAUCGAGGGCAACUCACCUGCUAAGUGUGACAGAUGUCACAAGAGCAUCAAGUGCUACCAGGGCAUCACUGGCCUGCACUGUGUCUGGUGCCAAGUCACGCUCCACAACAAGUGUGCCUCCCAUGUGAAACCAGAGUGUGACGGGGGCCCUCUAAGGGACCACAUCCUGCUCCCAUCCUCUAUCUGCCCAGUUGUGCUGGACAGGCAGUCCCACUGCCGGCGCUCAGAGAGUGACUCCCCUGCCAGCACCAGCCCCGAGGACAGCCAGGGCUUCAAGUUCAACUCCACCACAGUGGAUGGGCAAGGGCUGCAGAUCAGCCCUCAGCCCGGGACUCACCCACUGCUCGUGUUUGUCAACCCCAAGAGUGGAGGAAGGCAAGGGGAGCGGGUCCUCAGGAAGUUUCACUACCUGCUGAACCCACGCCAGGUGUACAACCUGGACCGGGGCGGGCCCACGCCAGGGCUGAACUUCUUUCGGGACACUCCAGAUUUCCGCGUGCUGGCCUGCGGAGGGGACGGCACGGUGGGCUGGAUCCUGGACUGCAUAGAUAAGGCAAACCUGGUGAAGCACCCGCCGGUGGCCGUCCUGCCCCUGGGGACGGGCAAUGACCUGGCACGGUGCCUGCGCUGGGGAGGAGGCUAUGAAGGAGGCAACCUGAUGAAGGUGCUGAAGGACAUAGAGCACAGCACGGAGGUGAUGCUGGACCGCUGGCACAUCGACAUCAUUCCUACUGACAGGGAGGCCAACGGGGACCCUGUCCCUUCCACCAUCAUCAACAACUACUUCUCCAUUGGGGUGGAUGCCUCCAUCGCCCACCGCUUCCACAUCAUGAGAGAAAAACACCCUGAGAAAUUCAACAGCAGGAUGAAGAACAAGCUGUGGUACUUUGAAUUUGGGACAUCAGAGACCUUUGCAGCCACCUGCAAGAAGCUCCACGACUAUGUGGAGGUCGAGUGUGAUGGGACCCUGCUGGACCUGAGCAACACAUCCCUGGAGGGCAUUGCUGUCCUCAACAUCCCCAGCAUGUACGGGGGCUCCAACCUGUGGGGUGAGACCAAGAAGCAGCGUGGCUACAACCGGCUGGGCAAGAAGGCACCCGAGAAACUGCCUGGCACCGUGGUCACUGAUGCCAAGGAGCUCAAGUUCUGUGUGCAGGACCUCAGCGACCAUCUCCUGGAGGUGGUGGGGCUGGAAGGAGCCAUGGAAAUGGGGCAGAUCUACACGGGGCUGAAGAGUGCAGGCAAGAGACUGGCCCAGUGUUCCUCUGUCAUCAUCAGGACAUCCAAGCUGCUGCCCAUGCAGGUGGAUGGGGAGCCCUGGAUGCAGCCAUCCUGCACUGUCAAAAUUACACACAAAAGCCAGGUGCCCAUGCUGCUGGGGCCCCCCCAGAAGAGCAGCUUCUUCUUCCUGAAGAGGAGAAACCGAACUCGGGAUUAAAGCAUCAUCCAAGGAUGCACAGCCUGGAGACACUCAGCAUCCCAGGCACCUGCCUGAUGCAGGGGUCCCCAAAUGCCAUCCUGUGGAGGGGACUGAAACUCCCCCUCCAAGCCCAGUGGGGAUUAUUUAUCCUGGGAAGGUCCUGCGGGCUCCUCCCUGACCACCAGAAGCAUCCUCGAGCUGGGAUGGAAGAAGGGGAAGGCAGGCUGCCAUGCAGAGAGCACAUUUGCUGGAGCAGCACUAGGACUGGGAUUUUUUUUCCCCCCCUUUAUUUAAAUACCCUCCAGCCAAGCUGCCAGUGAAUGUGCUCCUGAGGCAGCACUAAGCUCCACUUAUUUAUUUAUCAUCCUCCUGAAGACCACUUGAUGUCUCUCUGCACUGGCUUUCUGUCCCCCAGUCCCUGCAAUGGGAGGAAUUAUUUAUUUCCUUGGCCUAGAGGAGCCAUCUCAGCCACUCACCUCUGUGCUGUGGGGUUUAAGAGAGAAGCAAAGAACCAUUGCUGCCAGCCCAGUGAACCAUGAUACAGGCUGGGGACAGACAGUGCACAGGGCCAAGCAUGGGGUGGGUGGGAGGAGACUGUUUUUACAGGGAAAUGGCAAAAAAAGGGAUUUUGGGGGGAGCAGCCCCAGCUCUGGGCUUUCUGUUCAUAUUUAUGUAUUUAUUCAGUGAACUUUGGACAAAAAAGGGACUCUGGGGGUCACCUUUUUAGGAGCCCAGAUUGGACACAGACACCACCUCCCUUCUCUGCUGGCUGUCCUCCGUGGCACCUCCUUCCACGUGGACUUUCCUCUCUCCUAAAGCCUGGGGGCUGGAAACCCUGGGGACAGACAUCCAGAAGCUCUUCUCACUUGGAAGUGUCCCCAGCACCUUUUACACAUCUCCCAGCGUGCUCUGCCAGGCUGGUGCUCUCCCUGGUGCUGCCCCUGAUGCUCCUGGGCUGCAGGGAGUGGGGCAGAGGGGUUGCACCUUGGUUUCUGUAUGGCCAGCUCUCCCCACAAGCCUCUCCAAGCCCCAGAAUCCUCACAGAUGCUGCUGCCUGCCUGACUGCUGGGAGCCACUGGGAUGCACAGGCAGGUUUUGGUGGCACCACCCAUGGAUGGAUGGAUCAGGGGAUGCAGCUUCUCUCCAAGAUGCACAGGGACCAGAAAACGAAUGCAUGGAGCUGUGGUGGUCUGAAUGUACCCCCAGGAGCCAGGAGCUGGCAAGAGUGGCCCAUGGGAAAGGUUGCUGGUUGCUUCUGCAGUCGCCCAGUGCCUCCAGCAGUGGGCCUGCAUGCAGGGUACAACCACAUCCUGAGUGACCCCUGCUCCCAGGCAGCUCCCAUUCAAUAUCAUUCCCGUGGCAGAGGGUGCUGCCAUCACCAUUCCAGAGUGAACAGUGAGCUGGAAGGGAGCUGUUUGUGACCUGUGUGCACAGGCAUGCCUCACCCACAGUGCAGAAAUCCACCCUCCUGCUCCUGCUCCUCCUCCUCCUCGUCCCCCAAGGCAGCUGUUUAUGAGUAGCAGAUGGAGGAAGGCCAAACAAACCCCAGGUCCCAUGAACCAGCUGCCUCCAUUUCCCCAGCCCAUUGCCAAGGGUAGCAGUGCCUCACAGCCCCACACUCGUGAAAAAAAAACCGCCUCUGUCAUCUCCAGAGCUUUGCCAGCAGGAGGGUGACAGGUUUGUUCUGUGGGAUGGCAGCACACAAGGUCAGCAGGUUUGGUUCCAUUUCCCUGCCCGCUCAGCCUCAGCCCAGGGUUUUAUCCCGGAGCCUGCAUGGAGUCAGCAGUGGUUUUCCUGCUCCUUGCCCCCUGUCACAGUUUGCUGGGCUCCAAGAGCAGCACUGUGUCUCUGCUGUGGUUUGCUGCUGGUGGCAGAGCUGGGGAAGCAGGAGGGCAUGGUGCCUGUGCCUGCACCCAGUGCCAGGGGUGAGCAGCCAAAUUGCAGGGCGAACACUCAUUGUCCUGCAGGGCACAGGGAGCCCAGGGCCACCACUGUGGGUGGUGGGAUGUGAUACACCAGCACCACUCUGCCAGGCUCCAGCCCAGACAUCCCUUCUGAUGGCCAGGGACGUGAUCCCUGCCACCUGCACCAGGGCACCCAGCUCCACUCUGCUCCCACACUGCCAAGGGCAGGCACGGUUCAAUGGGCCUGCCAGCUCCUGACCUCCUCAGUCUGAUGGUGCAAAGGUCCCGAGCCCAGGAGGGACCCACAGAGCUGGGACUUCAGCCCAGCUGUCCCUGGCCCAGGGAGGAAUAAGCCAUGCAGCUGUGGGGCACUCAAGGCUCUGAUCAGCCCCCGUUCCCCAGCGUCUCCCAGUUCCGCCCAGUUCCCAAGGAUGGGAUGGAACUGACGCUUUGGGUACCAGUACCAAACCCCCAGACAAGCCCUUGGGCACUUAGUGCUGCACUGGGGGACCCCUGAGAGAGAGCUGGGGUGCCCCACUGCCCCAGCAGCCUCAGCCCCCUCCUCCCUGUGCGUGUGUAGCCGUGGUUGCCUGCAUGGAACGGUGUCCGUAGCGUAGCGCGUGUUGCCGUGUACACCCGGACUGCUGUGGGCUUGCCUCCAAUAAAGAUGGUGAUGAUCCCCUCCUCAGCUGC